CUCACGCUGCCGAGUGUGGACUCAUGUUCUUCCUAUGGCAGUGUCUUCGACUUUUCCAGUUUAAUAAUAGUUCAGGGUUUAGCUGUGUUCCAGGUUUUCAGUUGUAAUUGUUUUCAUGCCGGAUGUAUCAAUUUACCAAUUUUCUUUUCAAAAGCUACCUAUUUAAGAUCUCAUAGUUUCCUCACCAAACACACAAGCACUUCCAUGUUCUUAUGAAUUCCCGCCUGCACUCUUUGUUCUAUGCCCACACUUACAGACCUGAACUCCUCCACUCACUCUCACCAUCCUCAGCCAAUAAACCCAUAUGGAACUCCAAGACCAACGUCAUCAUCACCCACCCAACUCUACUUAUCCUCGAGUCUUGCACCACCAUGCUCCACUUGAAGCAAAUCCAAGCCCACAUGACCUCCACCGGCCUCAUCACCCACACCUUCCCCGUCAGCAGACUCCUCGCCUUCUGUGCUCUCGCCGACGCCGGCGACAUUCGCCACGCUGAUCUCCUUUUCACUCGCAUUGCCAAGCCCAACACUUAUAUGUGGAACACUAUGAUCAGAGGUUACUCUAAAGCCCAAUCUCACGCAGCUGCAUUCUCAUUCUUCGGUCGAAUGGUCCGCGAGCGCGUCGAAAUGGACCGCCUGAGCUUUGUGUUUGCGCUCAAGGCUUGUGGGUUGAAGGGAGAGUCGGUGCAUUGUGUGAUUCGGAAGAUGGGUUUUGGUUCUGACUUGGUGGUGCGUAAUGGGUUGGUGCAUUAUUAUGCUGAAAGUGGGUUUGCGAGUGUUGCUCGGAAGGUGUUCGAUGAAUGUACUGUGAGGGAUGUUGUGACUUGGACGACUAUGAUUGAUGGGUACGCGGCGCGGGGCUAUUCGAGGGAGGCUAUGGGGCUGUUUGAUGAGAUGUUGUUGAGUGGUGUUGAGCCGAAUGAAGUUACUAUGAUCGCGGUGCUUUCGGCAUGUUCGAAUAAGGGGGAUAUUGGUAUGGGGAAGAGGGUCCACGAGUAUAUGCGGAAGAAGACUUUGGACUGUGGGUUAAGUUUGCUUAAUGCAUUGUUGGAUAUGUAUGUAAAAUGUGGUUGCUUGACUGCGGCGAAAGAGGUUUUUGAUGGGAUGAAAGUGAGGGAUGUAUUUACAUGGACUUGCAUGGUUAAUGGAUAUGCUAAAUGCGGUGAGUUAGAUGCUGCAAGACGUUUUUUUGAUGACAUGCCUGAUAGAAAUGUAGUAUCCUGGAGUGCGAUGAUUGCUGGUUAUGCUCAGAACUAUCAACCUGAUGAAGCAGUGAAGUUGUUUCGUGACAUGAGGGAGUUGGGUCUGGCUCCAAUUGAGAACAGUUUAGUAUGUGUGCUCUCUGCUUGUGGUCAGUUAGGUUGCCUGGAUUUGGGUCAGUGGAUUCACCAGUUUUUUGCCAACGGAAAUCGUAUCCAACUUAGUGUGAUUUUGGGGAAUGCACUGAUAGAUAUGUAUGCCAAGUGUGGGGAUUUAUCUUCUGCAACUGAACUUUUCAAUGAAAUGCCAGAGAAAAAUUUGGUUUCUUGGAAUACUAUGAUUGCUGGAUACGCUGCUCAUGGACAUGCUAAGCAAGCUCUUACUCUAUUCGACCAAAUGAAAUGUAGGGAUAUGAAGCCUGACCAUAUAACAUUUGUGGCAGUCUUGUCUGCUUGCAGACAUGGCGGAUUAGUUUCUGAAGGCAGAGAGCAUUUCAAAAGCAUGAUUAGGGAUUAUGUAAUAGAGCCCAAAGAGGAACAUUAUGCUUGCAUGAUAGAUUUACUUGGAAGAAGUGGAUUGCUGGAAGAAGCUUAUGAAUUGAUAAACAAAAUGCCAAUGAAAUCAAGCGUGUCUGCAUGGGGCGCCCUUCUAAAUUCUUGUAAAAUGCAUGGGAAUGUUGAGCUAGCUAAGCUUUCUGCUGAAAAGCUAAUAGACUUGCAUCCAGAAGAUAGUGGAAAUUAUGUGUUGCUGGCAAACUUAUGCGGUAUCAAGCGAAGAUGGGGGGAUGUAAGAAGUGUAAGAAACCUGAUGAAAGAGAGGGGAGUGCAGAAAAAUCCUGGGCAUAGCUUGAUAGAGGUACAAGGUCAGCUUCAUGAAUUCUUUGCUGCUGAUAAAUCACACCCUCAAAUAGAAGAGGUUUAUAGAGUUUUGAAUGAAAUGUAUAUGUUCUUUAAAUCAGAAUUUUCUCUGCGAAAACAAUUUGAUGAACUUUUAUGCAUAUGAUGAUGUAAAAGUUUCAAUAA